AUGGAGCUGGCGACGGGGACCUACCCCUACGGCAGCAUCCCCUCUUUCCCGGUGCUCUUCGACAAGUUGUGCAGCAAGGCAGAGCCGCGGCUACCCCAGGGGCGGUUCUCGCAGAACCUGUGCGACUUUGUGGAGCGGCAGCUGCAGCGCCGGCCGAAGGACCGGGCCACAGCGGUGCAGUUACAGGCGCACCUCUACAUCCUCACUAACCUGUUCCAGGUAUCCCAAGGCGAGCUGAUCAAGUGGCUCAGCUCUGUGAUGCAGGAGGAGGCACGGCCCAAGACCCUGCUCCGAGGAUGA